CCCCGGGCGCGGGGCCGGCGGCGCCCGCCGCGCUCGCGGAGGACGGCCCCAGCCGCGACGACGGCGGCCGGCGGCGCGCGGGCCUGCCCUCCAUGUCCGUCGCCAUCCGCGUGAAGCCCUCGCCGGGCACCGCCCCGGAGGGCAUCGCCAUCUGGGCGAAGCCCCCGGAGGAGGGCGGAGCGCGCCAGAGGACGAUCUGCUGCCACCGCGGCUACACGCUGGAGGAGUACGAGUUCUCCAGGGUCUUCGGCCCUGGGGACGACAACGAGGCGCUGUUCCACGACCUGCAGGGUCCCGCGCUGACCUCGAGCGUCUUCGCCGGCGUGAACGAGACGCUCUUCGCAUACGGCCAGACCGGAAGCGGCAAGACGCACACCAUCUUCGGUUCGGCGAGGGAGAGGGGGCUCCUGGAGCUCUUCGUGGUGGCGUUCUUCCAGCGCGCAGAGACCUGCCCAGGUAGCACCGUCCACGCCUGCUGCUACGAGGUCCUCGGCGACGCGCUGACCGACCUGGUCAACCCGCAGAGGCUGAUCGAGCAGGGUGACCUGCACAGCGAGGACGUCGUUAGCGACGAGCUCUUCGUUAAGACGCACCUGUGCCGGUACCAGAUCGUUCGCGUCACCCGCGUCGAGACCUGCCUCGAUCUCCUCCACGAGGCCCGCGCGAACCGGACCGAGGGCGUCUCUUCGUGCAAUGCGAGCUCGUCCAGGUCCCACGCCGUGGUGCACCUCUUCGUGCAGAAUCCCACGGGCGGAGUGCCGCACCAGAGCCCAGAGGGCGGCUCGCAGAGCACCGUCGGCGCACUCACCCUGGUGGACCUGGCAGGGACGGAGAAGGAGCACGAGAACCCGUCCGAGCUGGGCAAGAGGACGGCGAGGCUGCUGAACACGUCGCUCUCGUCCCUGAAUCGGUUGCUCCGCAAGCUGCAGACGGGCAGCCUGGACGGAUCGGAGCGGAGGCAGAGCGUGCUGAACAAGUGCCUGUGGGAGUACCUGCGGCCAGGCUGCGGGAUCGCGAUGAUCUUCUGCGUCAGCCCGCUGGUGCGCCACCGGGCCAUCACGCUCUCCACCCUGGCCAUGGCCACGGACUCCAAGCUGAUACGCAGCCAGCGGAAGUCGCACUACAUCCAGAUCCCCGCCGCGCAGGCCUCGCCCCCCGGCGCCCGCGCGCACAUGCAGGCCACGCCGUCGCAGUCCCCGCGCUCGGCGCGCUCGUCGCUGGCCUCGCCCCCUGCGGCGAGGGGCACCGAGGGGCGCGGCACGCCGAGCAGUGCGCCGCGGAGGGCGUCGAGCACCGGGGCCUCCUCGGCCAGCGGGCGCGCGCAGGACCUGAGCGCCUCGGCGCGCUCCUCCGUGGCGAGCAGCAGGCUCCGCUUCUCGGCGUCGGACGCGGCCAGCGACCGCCCCUCCGCCAAGGAUCUGGAGUCGCUGACCGAGCUGCAGUUCGAAAAGGGCUGCCCGCAGACGCUGCGCGACCUGGCGCUGCAGAACACCUCCCUGCGGCGCAAGCUGCACCGCGUCCGGGCCAAGAGCGCGGAGCGCGUCGAGAACGCGGAGCGGUGCCGCGAGCACCUCGGUGCGGACCUCGCCGCGACGCAGCGCGAGUGCGAGUCCCUGCGCGCGCUGUUCAUCCGGCAGCAGCAGCAGCAGAUCGCGUUCUGGACGGGCCCCUUCAUGGACAUGAUCACGCCCAAGGACGCCACGCUCGCCCGCCACGAGCCCGCGCCUCGGCCGUUCCCGCCAGAGGCGGUGGGCGCCAUGCACUGCCCGGCCGCCGCGUGGGCGCCGAUGGACAGCCCCUGGGAGGGCACCCCCUCCGGGGCACUGACCGCGCGCACCUCGUCCGCGCGGCCGCUGGCGAGCUUCGGCGGUGGCGCCCUGCCGCCGCCGGCCGCCGCGGCGACGCCCACAGCACAGGUGCCGCUGGAGGCCUCAGCUCUGCGCGCCGCGGGCGCACCAGUCAUGCCCGUCCCCGCCGCGGGGGAUGACAGGAGCACCUGCCUCGACAGCCUUCGGAUGGAGCGCGACUAUUGGCGUUCCGUCGCCAGCGACCUGAGAAGGGAGAUGCACGGCGGCUCUCAGAAGUCCGGCGGCGGGCACUCGCAGGGAGGCGCGCGCCAGGACUGCAAAGCCCAGGCGCCGGGCACGUGGGAUUGCGGGGGGAGCAGCACGUCCCAGACGGUGCAGGAGAGCAGCGGCGGCAGCCCCAGGAGGUGCAGGAACCCCUCACGCCUCGCGUGGUCCGACACCGACAGCGAGCUAAGCUCGGUGUCUCUGACGGCAGAGGCCUAGGGCCGACCCUCGAGGGAGGAAGAGCUGUGUAAGCAUACAAAUUUUGGAAGUUCACGCUCAUGGCAUGUUCCCAUCUUCUGGACCCGCUCGGGGCUUCGCGGCGAAGCGUCGCGGCAGCGCUUCGCACUAGGCGACCUGGCGGCCGCGACGCGUCGCGGGCUGCGCGCCCCGUCACGAAUCAGAGCUCGGAGGCUUCUGGCGGCAACCGCCCAGGGCGUGCUUGCACCAGGGGCGUUGUUUUUUGUUGUGUUCUCCCCGUGCAGCGCAGCCUGCGAGGGCGGCCACCCUCGUCGCGCCUUCCUCUUGUUGCACCCAUCCCCCCCCCCUUUCCCCUUCCCCUCCCCCAAUCCCCCCCACCUCGGGGCCUCGGGGCGGCGACGCGGAGCCCUGCCGCGCCGCGGCCAAAGCGCUGCGGCCAAAGCGCGCAGCGCGCGCCCCGCGUUCGGGCUCGGCCGCUGACGCCGUGCGCCACCGGCAACGUUAACGCAACAUUCUCGCCCGAUGGGAAUGUGCUCGCCCUC